AUGAGCACCAACAUAAUUCCAGAAAAGGUCAUCAAUUGGGACACUUUCAAUGAAAUCGUGUCGAUGGACGAAGAUAGUCCCGAUUUCUCCAAAAAUUUGGUAAUCCAAUAUUUCGACCAGGCAGCCACGACUUUCGACCAGAUCCAACAGGAACUCGAUGGGAAGUGCGAGCUCGAGCAGCUGGCCUCGUUGGGCCAUUUUUUGCGUGGAUCUUCUGCAGCGUUGGGGCUGCAGCGCAUUGCAUGGGCUUGUGAACGCAUACAAAACCUAGGCCGCAAACGGGAGGGUUCAGUGGCGGGUCAAACCGUGCCAGACUCACAUUAUGCGGCUCUCGUUCGGGAAAACCUGAAUCACGCCAGAAAUGAGUUCCAAGCUGCUAAAGCUGAGCUUUCUACAUUUUACAACAGUGAGCUAUGA